GCGGCGUAAGGCAUUUUGAAAGAUCGAGCUCUUCGAUUUAGCCUAGCACUGAAAAUAUUAGCGCGGGUAAAUUGUCAACAUCAGGUCAACACAUUCGUACUAACUAAUUGUCAUCAUGGUUAGAACGAAAGCUGAUGGUUCAACGAGAGUGGCUGCUGGAGGUAAAGCACCUAAGAAAACUGCUAACAAGCCUGUGCGUAUUGCUUCACCAAGUGCAAAUGACAAAGGAGGAAAAGAUCAUCUCCCAGGGAAUCGUGCCUGUCCUCGCGAAACACCAGCUUGGCAAAAAAAGAUAACAUUUUUUUAUGAUAAAAAUGCAAUACCAAGUAAAUCUACAGAAGACUCUGAUGAUGAAAGUAACUCAAAGAACAAUUUCAAACCAAAGACCAACACAGAAGCAGAUAAAUCUUCAACAAGUAUAGAUGAUCAAGAUAAUUGUGAAAUGGAAAUAGAAAAUUGCAGUAUAUUGGAAUCCUCUAAAGUUGACGAAUCUGAAUCUAUAGAAAUAGAUGAAUAAUAGUUUUAUACUUUUGUACUAUAAGUGAAAUUCUCUUAAAUUUAUUGGUUGUACAGUCUUAGACUUGUUAUAUUUCUUUAAGUAUCAAAGAUUUAUGAUCUCCAUGAGUUUAACAAUUUUUUGUUCAAUGUCUAAUUUUAAUAUGUAUCUUUAACUGUAAGCUAUUAUAGUAUGAUGUUGUAAGUGUUCGUUUUGAUACAUUUGUAAUAAAAUAUACAGUUAUUAAAUAAGUUGUAGA